GAAACAGCACACUUCCGGUUGAUAGAGACAAAAACAGAGAGAGAAGCAGCCCAGCGGUGAGAAGAGGACGGCCCGUCGACGAGGUGCAGGGCUUCUUGUUUUCAGACAGAGAAGGUGGACCAGCAGCAGCAGAUAACACAGACAGAGACCUGCAGACAGACCACCACACUGAGACAUGGUGAAGAUCAGCUUCCAGUCUGUGGCGGGACAGAAAGUGGAGAAAGAGGAGAACGAUGGCGACAAGACCGAGAUCCUCAUCCCUCAUCCGAUGGAUGAGGAUGAGCUGGUCCUGCCGCUGCGGCCCAAGAAGUCUCCCCUCAAUGGGCUGUGCUGCCUGACGUUUGGCCUGGUCGUGUUCAUGGCCGGUCUGGUCCUUGCCUCCAUUUACGUCUACCGCUACUACUUCAUACCUCAUAUCCCAGAGGAGAACCUGUUCCAGUGCGGGGUGUUUUAUGAAGACUCGGUGUAUGCCCCGCUGCGUGGGCGUCAGGAGCUGGAGGAAAAUGUCGGCAUCUACUUGGCCGACAACUAUGAGAAGAUCACUGUGCCUGUGCCUCACUUCGGAGGCAGCGACCCCGCUGAUAUAAUCCACGACUUCCACAGAGGACUGACCGCCUACCACGACAUUGCUCUGGACAAGUGCUACGUUAUUGAGCUCAACACCACCAUCGUGAUGCCUCCGCGAAACCUCUGGGAGCUCCUUAUCAACGUGAAGAAGGGAACGUACUUGCCUCAGACCUACAUCAUCCAUGAAGAGAUGGUGGUGUCUGGAAGAGUGCACAACAUGCGUCAGCUGGGACCCUUCAUUUACCGCCUGUGCAACGGGAAGGACACGUUCCGCCUGAACCGCCGUGUCACCCGCAGACGCAUCAACAAGCGCGAGGCGAAGGACUGCCACCACAUCCGUCACUUCGAGAAUACAUUUGUGGUGGAGACUGUUAUCUGCGAUGAAGAGUAAAAACACGACGGCCGUCCGUGUCAUCCCG